AAGUGUUUUGGGGCGAGCAGCUGUCCGGAAAUUCGCUAAUUUUUGAGUCCGACAUUGAUUCCAAGAAAGAGUUUCCGCACCGCCGCGAUGAAGCGCACCGUGCCACGAAGCACUCUGAAGAACCUGUUGAAGAAGCACAAGCCUCAGCUCCGUUUGGGCGGCAAUGCCGACUUACUGGUACAUUUGAACUUCUUGCUGUUCCUGUUUCGGUUAGCAGAGGAAGCCAGGACCAAAGCUAUUGAAGAAAAGAGUAAAAUAAUUAAAUAUGAACAUGUUGUCUCUUCCGCAAAGAUAAUUUUAAAGAAGAGUCGAGGCUAAAGGAAAGAGGAGUUCUUAAAUUCAUUGACAUUCACGGAUUCUUAUACAUAUGCAGUUUAGAUAUUUGUGUUUUAUAUUUUCAAUUUGUUUUGCAUUAAAUAAUGUCUUAGAAAUAAAUCUUAAUUCAUUGUAGUAAUUGAUGAAAUUUAGUAAACGUGUUAGUAAAAUCAAGAUCAGUGACUGAAAUAGUUUUAAUAUUUAUAAAAUAUUGCUUCUUUGUGUAAUGAUUAUAUAAGAUGCCUUAUCUGAGAACCUUAAACGUAAACUUAACUGAUAGUCGUUAUGUAUUUCUACAAACCUUUAAAAACCAAAACCUUAUUAUCCAGAGGAUAUUAUUAAUGUGCAAGUAGUGUACUGUUUAUACCUUUUUAAACUUCUGAUCCUAAAUUACAUUUCAAAUAAAUAAACUUUCAGCUAAUAAAUAUUUGAUUUUAUAGUCUUGUACUGGAAGACAGAUUUUUAAAACACAAAAUUGUAAACAAAAUAUAAAAAUAUUUCAAAUAUUACCAUUUGUAGUAAUAAAGCUAUUAUAGACUGCAUUCUUCAUGUUAAUUUUUCAUGUUAUUUUGUUAU